UCCAAGCCGCAGCUCCGGGCCCCCUUCUCUUCCCCUGACUUUCUCCAGGAGAGAAUGCCCCUGUGAUCGCCCACUGGAGAACGGGUAGUUGCCAUCGCCCCGACAACCUGCCAGGGCCUGCUCUCUGGGCUGAUUAUGAUGGAACACUUUGACUACGGGACCGAGUCUCAGUACAAUGAGUUCAGCAAUGGCAGCCCAGACUUCAUCAGAGCCAACAGCACAUCCAGGCCCAGCAGCAAAGCCAUUUAUCGCCAGCGCAAGGAUUACACCCUCUCCACACUGAAGCAGCAAAGUGACUUCCAGCACCGUGUGGAGCACCUGCUCACCGUCCACGUGGACUCCAAGGACAUCCGUGGCGUGGAUGACUGUGUGGCACGGCUGAAGAUGAUGGACGCACAGGGACGGGUCUGGGGACAGGACAUGGUCCUGCAAGUGAGGGGCCAUGAGCUGCUGUUGAGUGACAUCGAGACCAAGGAGGAGUUGGAGAGCUUCCCCCUGGAGAGCGUCCAGGAGUGCACUGCCGUCCUCAACCGCUGUGUCUACAAUUCCAUCCUGGCCAUCACCGUGAGGGAGCAGAGCCAGCACGGGAGCAGCAUCCUCCUCUUCCAGUGCGAGCAGUUGGGGGCAGAGCUAAUGAAAGCCAACCUGGAGAAGGCUGUCAAGGAGUGGAAAGGGGAACGGGAGAGUCAGGAUGUGCUCAGGAGCAGUUUGGAGAUCAUGCUGUCCCAGCAGAGCCGAGGGUCCUUCCACAGUAACCCUCCACAUACCAGCCAGGAUAGGUGGGCUGGACCGCCAGAGCCAGACCCCUUUAUUCCUGCCACGCCACGAGGGUGGCAGAGCCAAGACCAGGUGCCCCAGAAUCCCCCAGCCUCCAUGGAUUAUGCGCCUGACCAGCCGCGGCCCCCAAAGCCGAGAGACGAUUGGACAGAUCCCGGCUUGCAGGUGACGCAGGACUUCGACAAAGACACUGAAAUCCUGAACCACGUGCUGAGUGACAUCGAGCUCUUUGUGGGGAAGCUGAAGGAGACGAGCGGCUCGCUGAGCAUCAAGAAGAAGUCGAAGAAAAAGGACAAGGAGAGAGGAGUGCUGCUCCCAGAGCCUGAGUAUGAGACCUGCUUCCAGAAGAUCAAAUACGCCUUAAACCUGGUGGGGAAGCUGAAACCUAAGCUGCAGCAGCAGCCGCCCAGUGCCCCAGAACUGGUUCGAAUCAUCUUCUCCACCCUCUCCUUCAUUUUAUCCAACUGUCCCUGGCCAAACCUGGCUUCUUCCAUUGUUUCCCCUCUGCUGACUGAGGCAGCCAUCGACCUGCUGGACGAAUCUCUGGAGAAAAAGGACCGUGACACCUGGAAGAGUCUGGGCAAGGCUUGGCACACAACGAGGACAGAGUACCCAGGUGGACAGUUCAUCCCUCCCUACAUCCCCAUCUUCUCAGAUGGGUGGGUGCCCCCCCUGCCGACCCAGAGGGAGAACGCCACUCACGUGGAGAGGCCCCUGGGAAGCCAGAACCAUGCCGUGUCCAGAGCUCCUUCUAGUCCCCCUCAGCGCAUGCAAGCCAUGUACGAAUUCCAGGCCAGGAACAACAAGGAGCUGACUGUCAUGAAAGGGGAACUGCUGGAGAUUCUAGACCAGAGGAAGAAGUGGUGGCUUGCUAGAAACAGCGCCGGCAAGAGGGGCUAUAUCCCGAACAACAUCGUGGGGCCAGUGGAUCAGGAGCCUGCGGAGAACAGCAUGAACCAAGCGCCAAGCGGCUCCCCUGGUCUCCAACAGCACUCCACGCCGGCGGAGGUGACGGCCUGGCUGCGGGACAUGGGCUUCUCCAAGAUCACGGUGAAGUGCCUUGGUGUGCUCAAUGGCAACCAGCUGCUGGGGAUGAGCCAGGAGGAGAUGAAAACUGUCUGCCCAGAAGAGGGGAGACGUGUCUUCUUCAAGCUCUCUGCUGUUAAAUCAUCCCUGGGGAUUGGCCCUCAUGAUUAGCUGGCUCCCUUCUACCCCAUCUCCAGUCUAGCAGAAGCAGCCCAGGGGCUGAACAGAAGGACAGCAGGUCGCUUCUAGCAUCAGCCCUACUGCUCUUUGAGGAUUCUUCUGAGUCUCUUCCGCUGCCUCUUAUACCCAGUGCAGACAUCCCCUGAAGCCAUAUGUCACCCAACUAUCAUGCAUUGUUUUUGUUCAGUUUGUACAGCACCUAGCACAGGGUGGGGGCCCUGGUCCAUGACAGGCUGCUUGGUUCUCCUGCACUACAGAUAACAUUAAUUUAUUCUUAGGGCUACAUACACUCCAGCUAAACAUGGACUUCAGCAUUCUGAUCAGAGGCAGAUAAGUUUAGCUCCCCACCAGGCUUUGUCCAACUCUCCCAGUUGUACAGCACCAGUUCUAGAGUUUAACAAUACAUGUAACCCCAGCAGAUACAGCCCCGAGAAUGCUUGGCUUUCUUUCCCUACUAUUAUGCCUUUGCAGAGCUGACUAAGUCGUAAGCAGAAAGAUUUUUUUUAGAUGCAUUAAGAUCAAGCUUGCAAGGCCAAGAUCUCCCAAAAUGUGUGUUGUGUUCUCACAGGUUCUUCUAGCUCAGAGCAAUUUAAGACUAGCCCUUAUCAGGUGCAGUUUGUUCAGUGGUAUGUAAAGUAAGUUCUUGACUCUACAAAUAAAGUGAUUGAAUCAACUUCUCUCUCCUAGCCCCAUUUAGGGGCUGACUUUGGCAGAGUAUUAGGAAUAGGGGACCCCAGAGGGGGUAGGAGCUCUUCCCCUGAUACUGGGAAUGGGAAAUGGUUUUGAGGAAAGAAGGGGGUGUGGGGCUGUGGUCAAGUUGUUUAGCAUCCACCAAGCUAAACAUUUCAGUUUGGAGGAAAUUCCCAACCUAGUGAAGUGAUAGAUAUGGAGCUAGGCCACUAAAGAACUGGGUUAUGAACUGCACCUGACCCAAGUCCUCCUAGCACUCAAAGCUGGGGUAGCUUACACACUACCUUGUAUGUGAAGCACUUUGUAUUGGAUGAGUGUCACCUCCCUCCCCCUUGGCUGUGUGUAUGAUAACCAGAAGACCCAGUCAGUGACUGGUGAACAGCAGCCUCUUCAAGGAGGGCAUGAUCUGUGCAACCUUAAUCCAUGCAACUACUUAGAGCCUUGGUGCAAAGCAAGGCCGUGCCCAAUGCACUAACACUGGUUGCUUGUUAAGCCAGCUGCACGAUUCUAGAGAAUUAGGGUGAAGUAUGUAAACAGGCCACUUGAUGGUUCCUAGACAGGGUGGAUAAAAAUCAAUGAUUAUUUUAAACAAUUUGUUUAAAAUCAGCUUUUUUGAUUAAAAUGCUUUUGGGGGAAAAACCUGUAUCGAGAGUUUUAGUUAAGAUCCAUGAUGAGAUAUUUGAGCUGUAAUGUAAUAGGGAUUAUGAAUUCUAAUUCUAUAAUAUGAGAC